GAGAGCCCAAUGUUAAGCUUUGACUGAGCACAGCUACUUCCAUCGUUAACAAAUUCGAGACUCCGCGAAAACAGUGAAGGCUGCCGAGAAUGGCGAUUCCUCGGCUGAAACUGACCGCCGCCAUCGUCGCCGCGUCGUCGUUGCUGCUCCUUCUCGGCGUCGCCCGGGGCGCGCCGGACACGACGGUGAGGCAGGUGCUGUGCAACAGCGAGGGCUACACAGCCGGCGACCCCUUCGCCGCGAACGUGGCGUACGUCGUGGCGGACCUGGAGGCGGCGACGCCGGGCCGGGAGGGGUACGACUACGCCAACAUCUCGCCCUACCCGAACGCGUUCGCGUACGGCCACGCCACGUGCGGACGGAACCUGACGGGCGCCGACUGCGGGACGUGCUUGGGAGCGGCGAAGAGGGCGAUGCUGGGGACUUGCGCGAGCCGGAUCGGGGCUCGGGCGGUGCUGGUAGACUGCGGGAUGAGGUACGAGCAGUACCCUUUCAGCGAUUGAACUGGAAGCUUAGUACUCACAACUGUUGUAGUCAACCAAUAAUAAAAUCAUGGAUGAAGUGGGUGUUUGCCA